UUGGUUUGCAGCCUCAUCGAUUUGGCCAUUGACACAUAUCGUCGGGCCAUUGAGUUGCAACCCAACUUCCCAGAUGCCUACUGCAAUCUGGCCAAUGCACUCAAGGAGAAAGGACAGGUGUCGGAGGCGGAAGAGUGCUACAACACGGCACUGCGACUGUGUCCCACUCACGCCGAUUCUCUCAACAACCUGGCCAACAUCAAACGCGAGCAGGGUUACAUCGAGGAGGCCACUCGGCUCUACUUGAAGGCACUCGAGGUCUUCCCCGAGUUUGCCGCCGCCCACUCCAAUCUCGCUUCUGUCCUCCAGCAACAAG